AUGUCCUCCCACAUUGCUAAUGGCCAUGCCAAUGGCGGCGUCAAGUCCAAUGGCUAUAAUGAGGUGACUUCUACACUCGGUGAUAUACCCAAGUCAAACAACUUCACCACCAAGCUUCCUCCAGACCCUCAAUAUCCUACCCCGAAAGACUCCCACCAAGCCCCGAGGCAAAAGUUGGGUCCUCGCAUGGUGAGAGGCGCACUCUAUACAUACGUCAGGCCCGAACCGACCGAAGAACCAGAAUUGCUUGCAGUCAGCAAAGCUGCUCUUAGAGACAUCGGGCUAGCGCAGUCCGAGGCCGCGACGGAAGAGUUCAAAGAAGUCGUUGCUGGCAAUAAAUUCUACUGGGAUGAAGAAAAUGGUGGCAUAUAUCCCUGGGCACAGUGCUAUGGUGGCUUUCAGUUUGGGCAAUGGGCUGGCCAAUUAGGCGAUGGCCGUGCCAUAUCACUUUUCGAGACGACGAAUCCAAAUACGAAUGUCAGAUACGAAUUGCAGCUCAAAGGUGCCGGGAAAACGCCUUAUUCCCGCUUCGCUGAUGGGAAAGCCGUCCUGCGAUCCAGCAUUAGAGAAUUCAUUGUCUCUGAAUACCUCAAUGCUAUUGGGAUUCCAACCACCCGAGCCCUUUCAUUGGCCUUGGCCCCUAAGUCUCGAGUUGUGAGAGAGCGUCUUGAACCGGGGGCCAUAGUCUGCAGAUUUGCCCAGUCAUGGAUAAGAUUCGGUACCUUUGAUAUUAUGCGCUCUAGGGGCGACCGUGACCUGGUUCGGAAGACCGCAUCCUACGUUGCAGAGGACGUCUUUGGUGGAUGGGAAAAAUUGCCGGGGGUGUUGACGCCCGACGACAAAGAUGCCCACCUCAAUCCAACAAGAGGAGUUCCCAAGGAGGAACUGCAAGGGAAAGAAGGGGCUGAAGAAAACCGGUUUGUUAGACUGUAUCGUGAGAUCGCACGCCGCAAUGCCAAAAUUGUCGGUAUGUGGCAAGCGUAUGGCUUCAUGAACGGGGUUCUCAACACGGAUAACACAUCCAUUGCGGGUCUGUCUCUUGACUAUGGUCCUUUCGCAUUCAUGGACAACUUCGAUCCCGCCUACACUCCCAACCAUGACGACCAUAUGCUCAGGUAUAGCUACCGGGCACAGCCUAGUGUCAUCUGGUGGAAUUUGAUCCGGCUAGGUGAAGCUCUAGGAGAGCUUCUCGGCGCAGGAGACCGCGUUGAUGAUGAAAUAUUUGUCGAGAAAGGAGUCGAGGAAGACUUUGCUCCCAUCCUGAUCAAACGCGCCGAGACAAUCAUCGACCAAGUCUCAGAUGAAUACAAGGCCGUUUUCCUCAGCGAGUAUCGUGACCUCAUGACACUUCGCCUUGGAUUGAAGACUCAGAAAGAAAGUGAUUUUGACAGUCUAUUCUCCGAGCUUUUGGACACUAUGGAAGCUCUCGAGCUAGACUUCAAUCAUUUCUUCCGUCGCCUUUCCUUCGUGAAGCUCGGCGACGUCAACACGAAAGAGAAACGUGAGGACACCGCCGAACGCUUCUUCCAUAACGAAGGCGUCACUGGAUUAAACGAGACCAACGCCUCUGGUCGCGAAAGGCUAGGAAAGUGGCUUGAAUCCUGGCGCGAGAGAAUUAUCGAAGACUGGGGAACCGAACCCUCGGCGGAUGAGGAAAGGGAAAGGGCGAUGAAAGCCAUAAAUCCUAACUUUGUCCCUCGAGGUUGGCUGCUCGAUGAAAUCAUUGACCGAGUGGAAAACAAGGGCGAAAGAGAUAUCCUCAAGGGCGUGAUGGAAAUGACACUCAGCCCCUUUGAGGAUAGCUGGGCGUGGAAUGAAGAGAUUGAGAAGAGAUAUGUCGGUGACGUCCCAAGGUUGCAGAGGGCUAUUCAAUGCAGUUGCUCAUCUUGA